UGCUUUUAAUAUUCCGAGAUAUCCUUCGAAGACCCUUUUGAGUUUUUUUUUUGGGGACGAGUCUAAUCAUUUGAUGCCUCGAGAUGACUUUGGCCUUUCUGUAUACUACAUGUACGCCUCUCCACGCGAACACCACGAGUGGGCAUGUACGUCAUUCACGUGCCCAAGCUCAGCUACCGGCGGCGGAUACAUUCCCUCACCAACUUCCUCACUGAUAUUUCUCUCUCAAUCCGUAUUCGGCAUCCAAGCUCAUCGUGACCCCAUCCUUCACUUCUCUUCUUUGGAGGCAUCAAUCAAUUGUCAUCCAUCACACCGACGUGAGACAGACAGCAUGGCCGAUUCCGUGGAGAAACCAGGCGCUCCCAGCCCAAGCAUCGCACCAGUGCCUUCAAAAAAAGAUGCAUCAUCCACCCCUUCAACGACUAAACCUGCGGCUCAAACCGCCGUGGUGGGAGUGAAGCAGUUCGACCGUUUCGUCCUGCGCUUGAACAAACUCCUGUCCACACCAGGUGGCAUCGCCUCCACGCUCUCCACCGUCAACUACGCUCUUUACAUUCUCACCCAUUUCUCACCGCGCCUCUCCAAACUCCCAGUCCCGCUCCUAUCCUCCCUCUUCACACCAUCAGCAAAGCCAACAGCGACGCUCAAUCCAAACGGACUCCCACCCGUCGCAGCCCUCGCAACGCUUCUCGCGCAAACCCGAACCACACUCCGCCUCUUUGGCACUUUGCCGCUCUACGCCUGGCUGCGUUCGCUGCUCAUCAACGGUGGCGGCCCGAAACCCGGUGCUGAUCCUGUCCUGCAUCGCAUCGCCGUGUUGCAGGCAUCGGGUUACUUCAUUUUCCAGGCCCUCGAGAAUAUCUGCGUGCUUGUCGAUCACGGCAUCGUGUCCAGCGGUGUGGUUGCGGCGUUGAAUCGCGGGGAGAGAACCACCGCGCGCGUGUACAAAGUCGCUUUCCGUGCAUGGUUGGGCGCAAUCUUGUGUGAUUUCUUGCGUCUGGGGCGCGAGGCCCAGAUCGAGGGUCGCAGAAGGGAGGCCAGGAGGAAGCUACAGGCCGAUGGCCAUGAGAUAGCGAUAAAUCAAGACGAAGAAGACGCCAAGGUGGAUCGGAAGUGGUGGUCAGACUUGAUCAUCGCAAGCGCAUGGCUACCUAUGGCGGCGCAUUUCGGCAGCAGCAACGGGAUACCCGGGUGGAAUAUUGGGGCAAUGGGAGUAUGUGGAUUGGUGGCUGGUGGAGAGCGGUUCGUGGGAUUGUGGAAAGCUACCGCGUAG